GAUCAUGUGAGAGACAUCCAUUUUUUGACACUAGCUGACAGAUAUUGGUCGAUAAUUCCCGUAUAUUUGUUCGUAAAUCCUAAAUAAACGAGCAAAAUGGGUUUCACAAUCUGCGGCCCUAAACUGUCCCUAUGUGGGCUUGUACUGAGUGUGUGGGGGAUCAUCCAGUUGACUCUGAUGGGCGUUUUCUAUUAUAUCGGAGCAGUAGCCUUGUUGGAAGAUCUUCCCGUUGAAGAGGGAGCUCAUAGUAGCAUUGAUCAUUUCAUGGCAGAAGUGGAAAAUGGAUAUAAUCAGAACGCCUUCAACUGUUGGAUUGCUGCUCUGCUCUAUGUAAUCACGCUGGUAAUCUCUGGACACCAGUUCUGGAUGAACAACCGUUCCUCAGUUAGCAUGUAAAUACAAUAUUGGUGUGAAAGUGUUAUCGCUGAUGUUUCUAUAGUUCACAUUGGUGGGCACAUUUAACUCUAAUUGUGAAUUCUAGAGACACAGCCAUAUGUUGCAAAACUGGUCUUAGCAACUCCAUUCCAUUAAUAAUUUAUUGAAUGAGCAUUUGAAUCUUGUGAACAUAGUCAGAGGUGUAGAAAAGAACUCAUUAUGAAAUGUUUUACAAUAAAUAAACACCCUUGAUGUCAGAGCAUUAUACUUACCACCAAAUUAU